AUGGCAUUUCGGUUUGAGUCCUUGCUGCUGGGUUUGCUUGUUUGUGUGAGCUUUGGUAAUGUGGAUUCAGAUGAAGAAUAUGAAGGAGCAACACUGCUGGAGAUAAAGAAAUCGUUUAGGGAUGUGGACAAUGUUCUCUACGACUGGAGAGACUCACCGUCUUUAGACUAUUGUGCUUGGAGAGGCAUCACAUGUGACAAUGCCUCCUUCAGUGUCAUUGCACUGAAUCUAUCAAGUCUAAAUCUUGAAGGGGAAAUCUCACCUGCAAUAGGGAAUCUGAAGGGCCUCCAGUCCAUUGACUUGAGAGCAAACCGACUUUCUGGCCAGAUCCCAGAUGAGAUUGGUGACUGUUCGUCUCUGAGAUACCUGGACCUGUCCUUUAAUGAGAUAAAUGGAGACAUCCCAUUUUCGAUAUCCAAGUUAAAGCAAUUGGAAUCCAUAAUGUUGAAAAAUAAUCAGUUGAUUGGACCACUCCCUUCAACACUGUCCCAGAUUCCUAACCUGAAGAUGUUAGACCUAGCCCAGAAUAAUCUCAGUGGGGAAAUACCAAGGCUCAUUUACUGGAAUGAAGUCCUACAAUACCUUGGUCUGCGAGGGAACAAUUUAGUUGGGAAGCUUUCUCCAGAUAUGUGCCAGCUAACGGGGUUGUGGUAUUUUGAUGUGAGAAACAACAGUUUGACUGGUAGCAUUCCUCAGAAUAUAGGGAACUGCACUGCAUUCCAAGUCUUGGAUCUGUCCUAUAACCAGCUAACUGGAGAGAUACCUUUUAACAUUGGGUUCCUGCAAGUAGCCACCUUAUCAUUGCAGGGUAAUCAACUUUUUGGGCCUAUCCCCUCUGUGAUUGGCUUAAUGCAAGCACUUGCUGUGCUAGAUUUGAGUGGCAACAUGCUAAGUGGACCCAUACCUCCGAUUCUGGGAAAUUUGACUUAUACUGAGAAAUUGUAUUUGCAUGCCAACAAGCUUACUGGAUCGAUUCCCCCAGAGCUGGGGCAAAUGGAACAGCUUCAUUAUUUGGUAUUGAAUGAUAACCAUCUUACUGGACAAAUUCCUCCUGAACUUGGGAAGCUUACUAACUUGUUUGACCUAAAUGUUGCCAACAACAAUCUUCAAGGCCCCAUCCCUGAUAAUCUUAGCUCAUGUACAAAUCUCAAUACCCUCAAUGUGUAUGGGAACAAAUUGAAUGGAACCAUCCCACCUGCUCUUCAGAGGCUGGAGAGUAUGACUUAUCUGAAUUUGUCCUCCAACAAUCUUCAUGGCUCUAUACCAAUUGAGCUGUCUCGGAUUGGAAAUUUGGAUACUUUGGAUCUUUCUAAUAACAAGUUUAGUGGAUCCGUACCUUCUUCGCUCGGUGAUUUGGAACAUCUCCUUAAGCUGAAUUUGAGUAGAAAUCAUAUGACAGGAUUUAUUCCAGCAGAGUUCGGUAACCUAAGGAGUGUCGUGGAUAUAGAUCUGUCAAAUAAUCAGUUGAGUGGAAUGAUUCCUCAGGAGCUCAGUCAGCUGCAGAAUUUGUUCUCACUGAGGUUGGAGCACAACAAUAUAUCUGGGGAAGUGAUGUCAUUGAUCAAUUGCCUCAGUCUUGCGGUGCUAAAUGUGUCUUAUAACAACCUUGCGGGAGAUAUUCCUACGUCAAACAACUUCUCAAGGUUUUCACCCGACAGCUUUGUUGGAAAUCCUGGUAUUUGUGGUUAUUGGCUUAAUUCUCCAUGUCAUGAGUCACGUCCAACAGAGAGAGUUUCGUUAUCCAAAGCAGCUAUCCUGGGAAUUGCUCUUGGUGCCCUCGUGAUUCUUCUCAUGAUCCUUAUUGCAGCCUUCCGCCCUUACCAUCCAACUCCUUUCCCUGACGGUUCACUAGACAAACCAGUUAAUUACUCAACACCAAAGCUGGUGAUUCUUAACAUGAAUAUGGCACUUCAUGUGUACGAGGAUAUCAUGAGGAUGACAGAAAACUUGAGUGAGAAGUAUAUAAUUGGUUAUGGCGCAUCAAGCACGGUGUACAAAUGUGUUCUUAAGAAUUGUAAGCCAGUGGCGAUCAAGAGACUCUACUCUCAUUAUCCAUCAUGCUUGAAGGAAUUUGAGACAGAACUUGGAACAGUUGGCAGUAUCAAGCAUCGAAAUCUGGUCAGCCUCCAAGGAUACUCUUUGUCUUCUUCAGGGAACCUUCUCUUUUAUGAUUAUAUGGAGAAUGGCAGUCUCUGGGAUCUCCUUCAUGGCCCAACUACCAAGAAGAAAAAGCUGGACUGGGAAACUCGUAUCCAGAUAGCACUAGGAGCAGCUCAAGGGCUGACCUAUCUCCAUCAUGAUUGUUGUCCACGUAUCAUACACAGGGAUGUGAAGUCAUCUAACAUUCUGUUGGACAAGGAUUUUGAGGCUCAUUUAACGGAUUUUGGUAUUGCUAAGAGCUUGUGCAUGUCAAAGACACAUACAUCUACCUGCGUGAUGGGCACCAUUGGCUACAUAGAUCCCGAGUACGCCCGAACGUCCCGCCUUACUGAGAAGUCGGAUGUUUAUAGUUAUGGGAUUGUCCUGCUGGAGUUGCUAACAGGAAGGAAAGCUGUGGACAAUGAAUGCAAUCUCCAUCAUUUGAUCUUAUCAAAGACAGCGAACAAUGCUGUGAUGGAAACAGUUGAUCCUGAGAUCACAGCCGCGUGCAUGGACCUUGGAGCAGUGAAGAAGGUCUUUCAGCUGGCACUCCUAUGCACAAAGAGGCAGCCAACAGACCGGCCGACUAUGCAUGAAGUAACACGAGUGUUGAGUAGCCUUGUGCCAUCACCUACACAGCCGAAACAAGUAACCCUCAAUCCACUAUCCACUACACUACUCUCAUCUGUCAAAGCGCAGUGCUACAUGGACGAGUAUGCAAACCUCAAAACCCCUCACAUGCUCAAUUGCCCAUCCAUGAGUACCUCCGAUGCGCAGCUCUUUCUCAAGUUUGGAGAGGUAAUUUCUCAAAACAGUGAGUGAAGAAGCACUGGGAAGAACAGUGAAGCUAUCGAUUAUUUAAUUUCUCAGUAUGGCAAGUAGUGGCAGUUCUGAAGGUUCAGUUCAUUGCAAAUGUGUACAAAAUGUCUGAUCAUCGAUCAGUUAUUGUAGGUGGAAAGAAGUAAAAAAGACGGACAAGUUUUCGUGUAUUUACUAAUAGAUCUAUAAAAUGCUUCGUCUA